AUGACAUUUAAAAGAGAAAAGAAAGAAGAAGAAGAUGGAGCGGGAAAUCCUUUUGCAAAUGUUGAAAAAACGGCGGUAUUACAGGAAGCUAGGAUGUUCAACGAAACGCCUAUUAAUCCGAGAAAAUGUACUCACACACUCACAAAGAUUUUAUACUUAUUAAAUCAGGGUGAACAAUUAGGUGUCACUGAAGCAACUGAAGCUUUUUUCGCUAUGACAAAAUUGUUUCAGUCAAAAGAUGUCAUACUUCGAAGGAUGGUAUAUCUUGGAAUUAAAGAAUUAUCUGGUAUUGCUGAAGAUGUUAUCAUUGUAACUUCUUCUCUUACCAAAGAUAUGACUGGUAAAGAAGAUUUAUACAGAGCUGCAGCCAUAAGAGCACUUUGCAGCAUCACUGAUGUUACAAUGCUUCAAGCUAUCGAAAGAUACAUGAAACAAGCGAUAGUUGAUAAAAAUACAGCUGUUAGUUCUGCUGCAUUGGUUAGCAGUUUGCAUUUAACUAAGGUUGCUGGUGAUGUCAUUAAGAGAUGGGUUAAUGAAGUUCAAGAAGCACUUAAUUCGGAUAAAAUUAUGGUUCAGUAUCAUGCAUUGGGUGUAUUAUAUCACAUUCGUAAAACAGAUAGGUUGGCUGUUACAAAACUUGUAGCAAAAUUAACUAAAAUGUUGUUGAGAUCUCCCUAUGCAGUUUGUAUGUUGAUAAGAAUUACAUGUAAACUUUUGGAAGAGGAAGACAGCACCAAUGAUUCUCCUCUAUUCGAUUUUAUUGAAUCUUGUUUAAGGCAUAAAAAUGAAAUGGUCAUUUACGAAGCUGCUCAUGCCAUUGUUAAUUUAAAAAGAACAACGGCUAGAGAACUUGCUCCAGCAGUUAGCGUUUUACAAUUAUUUUGCAACAGUUCAAAACCAACUUUAAGGUUUGCAGCUGUCAGAACAUUAAAUAAGGUUGCCAUGAUGCAUCCUGCUAUUGUUAUUGCAUGCAAUUUGGAUUUGGAAAAUUUGAUAACUGAUGCCAACAGGAGCAUAGCAACAUUGGCAAUAACAACACUUCUUAAAACAGGAGCAGAAUCAUCUGUCGAAAGAUUAAUGAAACAAAUAGCUUCUUUUGUCAGUGAAAUCAGCGAUGAAUUUAAAAUUGUUGUCGUUCAGGCUAUUAGAGCAUUGUGUUUGAAAUUUCCCAGAAAACACACGGUGCUCAUGAAUUUUCUGUCGGCCAUGUUGAGAGACGAAGGUGGUUUGGAAUACAAAGCAGCCAUUGUCGAUACUAUUAUUACCGUUAUCGAAGAUAAUCCGGAAGCUAAAGAAACUGGUUUGGCUCAUUUAUGUGAAUUUAUAGAAGAUUGCGAACACACAAGUUUAGCCGUUAGAAUCCUUCACUUACUGGGUAAAGAGGGACCACAAACGAAACAACCUUCAAGGUACAUUCGAUUUAUAUACAAUAGAGUUAUUUUGGAGAGUGCGUCGGUGAGAGCUGCUGCGGUGGCUGCAAUGGCACAAUUCGGAGCUUUAUGUCCCGAUCUAAGACCCAACAUUCAAGUUUUACUCGAACGAUGUCAAAUGGACACAGACGACGAGGUUAGAGAUAGAGCGACAUACUAUCACAGCAUUCUACAGUACGAUAACCCAUCGCUAACGAAUCGAUACAUUGUGGAAUCUCUUCAAGUCUCCGUUCCGGGUUUGGAAAAAGCAUUAAAUCAAUACGUUUUGGGUACGUGCGACGAACCGUUCGAUAUGUCAUCGGUUCCGUUGCCGGCGGAAGAAGACACGACGACCAAAAAUAAACAGGCAAACGAUACGAUGUUCGUACCACCCGUGGCUCCGAAAGUAGCAGUUUCGAGAGAAGAGUCGUUCGCUGAAAAAUUGGCAGAAAUAGAAGAAUUAAAAGAUAUUCCGGGUCCUUUGUACAAAUCCUCCGACAGCGUGGAACUCACGGAAUCCGAAACGGAAUACGUUAUCAAAUGCGUCAAACAUUCUUUUCUCAAUCAUUUGGUUCUUCAGUUUGACGUCCUCAACACGCUGAGCGAUCAAAUACUGGAGAACGUCAAAGUGGCGAUCGAACCUUCGGAGGGAUUCAAAAUAAUCAAAGAAGUUCUUAUACCCAAAUUGCCGUACGGAGAAACCGGACAUUGUUUCGUCGUCAUGGAGUAUCCGGAUGAUGUCAUCGCAUCAGUCGGAACUUUUGGCGCGACGUUAAAAUUCAUAGUCAAAGAUUGCGAUCCGACGACGGGAUUACCAGAUUCCGACGAAGGUUAUCAAGACGAAUAUUUGGUCGAAGAUGUCGAAGUCACGCUAGCGGAUCAAGUGCAAAAAGUAGCCAAAGCAAAUUUCGGUUUGGCAUGGGAAGAAGCGUCAUCGUCUUUUCACGAAUUGGAAGACACGUACGUUUUAUCGACGGUCAAAAGUUUAGAAGAAGCCGUCACGUCGAUUGUGACGUACCUGGGAAUGGGGGUAGCCGAUAAAAGCGACAAAGUUCCAGAGGGAAAAUCCUCGCACACGUUGUAUCUAGCAGGAGUUUUCAGAGGCGGAGAGCAAAUAUUGGUGAGAGCAAAAUUAGCCUUAUCCGAUGGAGUCACGAUGCAAUUAACCGUCAGAUCAACGAACGAAUCCGUCGCGGAAUUGGUCGCAAGUUUGAGCACUGAAGCGAAAGAUGUUUGA